AUGUCUUCUAUUAUCGACUUUGGGCCCGGUCAGAACCAUAUCUUCAAACGUGUAAACAACGUAUCAUUUUAUGUACCCGAGCUAUUUCAUUGCUCGCCAACUUUUAAUAGAAGAAUCAAAUUGUUCAUAAACGAUGUCAACCAAUCCUCUUCCAUUGUUGAUAUCUAUGGUGCCUUGGGGUAUCAAAUUCAAAAACAUAAUUAUCUAAUGAUCAAUAAUUAUCCUAUACGACAGAUAGCAGUACACGGUAGAAUUGUGUCGUGCGUAUCAAAAGAUAUUUCUAGGCGAAAUAAUCCCACUUUAUGGAAAAAGACAUACGGAGGUUCAACUACGCUGGAACAUGAUAGCGCCGCGGACUCUGAAAAAACAAUAUUCAUUAUGAGAAUCAAUGAUUUCUCUGGGAGGAAACUGAUUAUCGAUUGUAUUGUAAGUGAGUCUACGUAUAUAGCAUCUGGUAUGUCAUAUACUUCACCUCGAUUCCAGUCACUUGUUGUGGAAGUCAAGGGAGAAAUAGGUGUAUUCUAUGGAACCAAAGAAGUUUGCGUGGAAUACUUGGAUAUAAUAGGCAGAAGCUUGGACGAUGAAAUCGAAAAAUGGGACGAAUAUUUGAGUGAAAGGAAGUCUUUAUUAGAGCCCUGGGUGUAUGAGGUGCCUGAGAUUCAUUCCGAAACAAUAGACAUUCUUGGCAGUGAUGACGAAGACGAUGUUAUAGUCUCAAAUAUCUCGUUGAUCAAUGUUAAAUCUCUCGAUGAAAUUGUAUGCGAAUUCAUUCACUGGAUUCUACAGAAUGACCGUGUUAAAUUUCAGCUCAUUGAGCUAUAUCGAGACCCAUUGCUAAACAAACUUAUAGAAAACCAUUGUGUUCAUGACCCGAGUCGUCCCACCAAAGCUGAAGUUUUUCACAUUAUACGGCAUCAUAUUCAAGUCGAAUGCGGUUUGAUUCUUGUCACUAAGGCUAAAAAUGUUUACUGUUCCGAGGUUUUUGGAGCAGCGAAAUAUAUAACGGGGCAACUCGAAAGGGUGAAAAAUGGAGAAAUACAGACAUUGCUGGUUAAGAAGAUAAUCAGUGACAUUAGGGAAUUGUUUAAUAAAGGAACUGCUAAUAGCGAUGUGGAGAAGAGUUUGAAACCGAUAUACAUUAACGAAAUUGUGAGGUGGAAUACUAGAAAGGAAAGCAAACAUUGGGAGUACGAUGAAGCAGAUUUUGGGACUUGGCUAUUCAAGGAUAGUGUAUAG